UAUGACGGGAGCAAGCGUUUUCUGUGCAGAGAAAACUCGAAGUCCUCCAGUGAAAGUGUUAUCCAGCCAGCUGCGUGAUGGGAAAGACUGCCACACACCCAGCGGGAGGUCAGAGUAUGUUAUUAGACGACUGGGAGCGGGUGAGCAGAGCUCGUUACAGGUGUCAAUGGUCUGGAUGCAGGGGACAGUGGUGGAGGUGCAGCCCGAUCACAACACAGUGCUCAUUCUGGACGAGACCGGAAACUUCCUCGUCAGCGGCAUCAACAGCGUGCCGAGAGGAAAACCCUGCCUGAGUCCUGGUAAAUACGUCAUGGUUAUGGGUGUCAUCCAGUCUCACAAUCCAGAGCCAGUGUUGCGUGCUGUGAAGAUGGCAGAUCUUUCUGAAAAUGCAUUGAUUCACAGGAAAAACUGGAUCUAUGAAGUAGAAGAUCUCCAGCAGAUUUUGCCCUAAAUCUUUUGUUUCACUAAUGUGUUUUCUUUGUGCGGCUCUGUGCUCUCACAGUAUUUGCUAAGCAAACUGAGCUAACAAAGAUACGUUACAAGACGCUUUAAGUGAGAAAGCAUAGACAUUUAUUUAUUUAUA